UUGACGAUAGGCAGCCAGCUUGGCAAAUACGCACAGUUGACCCUCCAAAAAGAAACCACGUUGCGUAUCAACUGAACAAAUCGUCUUCAAUAAUCUAACCUCUUUCAUCCUUCCAUAGUCUAUACUCUUUUCCCUAUUAAUUUCUUCCCAAACCCACACUUUUCACCAUUUCUGUACUCAAAUUACUUCUCAAACAACAAUCAAAAUGAAGGGGGAUCGUCGUCAACAUGGUGCAAUCAGGUGUUACGAUAUCAAUCAGCCUCUUUUGGCUCAAGAACGCUACAAAAAGAUGGUGGAUUCCACCACCGCCGCACGGCUGUUCACCAAGGUGCUCAACAAGCCGACGAAUCAAUCAAAGUGUACCGGGAAAUGUCACAAGGGGCGGUGCUCCGGUCAUCAUCAUAAACACGCGGUUUGUAAGUCCAGAGAUAAGGCUAAAGGGGCCAUGAAGAUCAGAUCGAUAGAUCCUGAGAACGAGUGGACCAAAUAUCCUGUUGGGAACUCGGCGACUAGGGUUUUGGCUUAUUUGGCUAAUGAAGAGGGUUACAAUGAUGAUGAUUAUGAUUACGAGGGUAGAGUAGAAGAAACUUAUGCGUAUGAUGACGACAAUCAUCAUGAUCAUGAUGUUGGUACUCAUGCAAUAGACCUUGGUGCUGGAUUCGCAAUUGGGAUUGGGAUUGUGGCGGAUGAGCGUGAGAAUGAUGUCCAUGAUGAUGAUGAUGAUGAUGAUGCCAUGAGCUUUUGUGAUGUGGGGUUAUGUUGGGGACAUGAAGAUGAGGAUGAGUAUGGAGAUGAUGAUUGGUAUUUGGUAGGUGGACAAAUGGAGUAAAUUCAAAUUCUUUUUAUCAAAUUUCAUCAUAUCAUCAUAUUCUAAUUAUGCAUGAUGAUUUUGGGGUUUGGUUUAAAUUAUUGUGUUAUUAUAUGUUAAUGAUGUAAUCAUAUAGUUUGUUAAUUGUGUAUUAUAUGAAUAAAGUUAGCUCAAUUCUUGUUGUCA